AUGUCGACAUCAGCUUGUCGAGGGUCAUGUUUUUCCCUCACCAAGCGAUCGCUAGUGGCGCUCAUGGCAAUGCUUCUCCUUGGGGCUGUCAUGGGUGCUGAUGUUUUUGAUACCCCCUCGGGUCGGCCGGCGUCGCUGGUGGGAGGCCAGGUUGACGGUACCAAGUGUGAGGUUGAGGCAGUGCAGCGGGCCAACUCGGCACAGCUCCAUUCCAUACUCGAGGAGUUGGCUAACACUACGUACUUCCGUUUGGUCCGGGUAGCUAUGGAUGAAGACUGCGCCUUCACUUGGGGAGACGCCAACAAAGACGAAGUUAUGUGUGGGUCGACCCCUCCGGGAGGCGCUGGAGCUGCUUUCGGGUUUGACACCUCGCUGAGCCCUGCAGCUUCUGGUGGUCCUUCACUGUGUAGUAUUGAACCCAGCGGCAAUGAGGUUAACCCCUUCAUCAGUGAAUCUGAGUCCAAUGUGAUCGAGGACGAAUUUGAGGACGACUUGGAUGACCUAGAUGAUGACGAGAGUAUCAAGCCGGACUUCUGGUUCGAUAUUUGUCGUCCCCCUAGGGCCAGCGACAAGCUUGACUACGUUAACCUACUGUUGAACCCCGAGCACAAUACUGGCUAUAAUGGUUCUCACAUAUGGGAGGCCGUCGAUGCCGAGAACUGU